AUGAGAUUGACAUUUCCACCAAGAAGAAGAAACAACAACAAUAAUGGUAACAAUAACCAACAACAAAACAACAAUAGAGCAACCAUCAACUAUAUAGAAUCUUGGAAACAGAAUGCAAACAAUGAUGCAGAAGAAUCACAAGCCACUGAAAAUGAUCUCAUGACCAUUGAAGAGUUUAUAUCUAGUUUGGGUAGAAUGCAACAACAAGAAGAUAGAGAAAAUAUUGCACCUGAAAUCGAACAAGAAAAUCAAUUAAUGACCGUCGAGGAAUUCAUCUUUAGUUGCAAAGAACCAACUAGUUUGAAUCCUAUGAGUUUAUUCGAACAACAACAACAACAACACCACCAACAAAGCGAUGAUGAAGAAGAUCAAAUAGUAGCUGAUGAAGAAGAGGAUCUAGUCACAGUUGAAGAAUUUAUUUAUACCUCUGAAAAGAGAGACAAUUCAAAUGACAUGUUGACAAUCGAAGAAUUUUUAAAACAAUCUAAUAAUGGAAGUAGCAGUAAUUACAAAUAUUAA